GCGAAUCCGUUCGCUCGCUUUAUUCGCACUUUGUUGUACGGCACGAGCGCACCUACGGUAAGCAGCAGCUUGUGAUGGCUGCAGCACGUGACUUCCACUUACGUACGCGCCUUGCCGUCGAGUGAGACAGUUUAACCGUCGUUUGCCUAUUUUUCGGUAGUGCGACAAUUCUCGGUCUUGCAAAUUUAUUGUUAUUUGAGUGCGGUGCCGAUCGAUAGUUGUUCAAGAAAAAGGUGACACAGUGUACGUGAAACUUUGCCAGCUACCAGCCCAGCGGAUUACCACCGGCAAAAUGCCGCAAACGGUACCAACGGCCGUUGGCCUUUCGCCGUUGUUCGACUACAGUGCCUUCCAAUUCGACCUCUCGUUACUGUCCGACGACUACGGCACUCAAACAACAACCACAAGCAUCAACGCUACCGCGACAACGUUGUCGACCAAUCAUCUCCAAGCGAUGAACAACAACAACAACAAUAACGUCCUGAAGCCAAUGCAAAUCAAGCAAGAAGCUCACUCGCCGAGACCAGGUUCGCCGAGUUCGAGUUCGUGCACUUACGCCAGUCCGUCCUACCCGUGUCUCGGAGGCGAGCUGUCGCCCAACUAUUCACGCGAUGCCUCGCCCGCUUACCCCACCAGCCCUUACUAUCUGCCGCAGAGUCCGCAGAGCGCUCAACUCUAUCCCACGAGUCCCGAGCCAAGUCCUCCCAUCACUGCCACCAGCAAGCCGCCUGUCAAGAGGGAGAAGAGCUUUGAUCUUCUCACGAUACUCCACGAAUCCAGACUGCUGGCCGAGAGCUUGGGUUACAAAGAAGACUCGACAGACUGCACGGUGCCCUGCACACCCCCGCGGACGGAGGAAGACAUCUACAACAGCCUCGACGCCGAUUUCUUCCCCAAGAAAGACGAAUCCAAUCCGCUGCUCAAAGAAAUACUCUUCAAAGAGGAAUCCAGACUGUCGCGCUCGUCAGCUUCUUCCUCAUCGUCCUCCUCGUCGGCAGCUUCGACUUGCUCCUCGUCCUCGUUAGCUUCUUCGCCAGCGCCGCCAGCCUCUCUCGACUAUGAGAAGUCGUCCCUCCGCGAUUUACUUUUCCGAAAUGCCAGCAACGUGAGCAACGUGACCAAGAUCAGCGCCGAGGAGACGAGCACGGCGCUGAAGCUCGACACGUGUCCGGGGAUCGGCACGCCGAAAGACGACUGCGACGAGGACGCGAUGUCGAAGAGUGGCGAUCACCAGCUGCUCAGAGAGGUGCUCCGGGACACGAGUUUCCAAAGGAAGUACAAUUUGAAGCCCGUCGAGCUUGGCAACAUCGGCACUGGUUACGUCGAAGAGAUGGUCGAGCCUGGGGAAUGCGUUGGCGACCUAGCGCGAGAACAGAUCGAGCCCGUCUUGAGCUUGGCCAUUCAGCAGCUGCAGAAAGACUUUGACAACACUUGCGUCGCUCUGGGCAUACAUCCAGAGCCUUGCCGCUGGAGCGCGGUCGACGUUGCAGCCUGGGUUCAGUGGGCUCGGAGACAAUUGCAACUUCCAUCUGUACCACUGGAAAGCUUCAACGUGGACGGCGCUACCCUCGCCUCGUUUACCGAGGAGGACUUUUGUCAGAGAGCACCUCAGUGUGGCAGUAUGCUGCACGCUCAGUUGGAGAUCUGGAAAGCAGCUGUGGAGGAGUCGCCGAGAAACACAUUGACUUCGGCCUGGACUUCGACCACUGUCGUUCAGUCACCCAGCAAUGGAAGCUCGUCCCCGUCAAUCGCGAGCAGUGCGCCCGGCAGCGUCAAAGAUUCGAGCAAUAUGGAUUACUCGGAUGACGAGGACGAUGAAGCGAGUCCCGUGGAGGCUGGUAGCGAGGGCACGAGCGUCGGCAAAAUUCGCAGUAGCGGCUCGCACAUCCACUUGUGGCAAUUCCUGAAGAAGCUGCUGCAGAGUCCGAGCGCUCACGGCUCGUGCAUUCGCUGGCUCGACCGUAACAAGGGCGUGUUCAAGAUCGAGGACUCGGUGCGCGUGGCGCGGCUCUGGGGCAAGCGGAAAAAUCGGCCGGCCAUGAAUUACGACAAGCUCAGCCGAAGUAUCAGGCAGUACUACAAGAAGGGCAUCAUGAAGAAAACCGAGCGCAGUCAGAGACUCGUCUAUCAAUUCUGCCAUCCGUACUGUCUUUGAGUGCGCUUACGUAAGCUUGCGGGAAAAAUCGGCGUCGAUCUUGUGCUAACGAUCGCUUCCGUCUUUUUCACAUGCGCGAUGGAAAAGGUACCUUCUCGUUCUUUUUUUCUUCGUUGCUUCUCAGCGCGCGCGUGCACGCGAGAGAGAGAGAGAGAGAGAGAGAGAGAGAGAGAGAGAGAGAGAGAGAGAGAGAGAGAGAAUCCCUCGCGACUUAACGGGAAUCGAGCUAAAACGAUUGACUUUUCUCUUCCAAAAUGCCGACUGAUCAUUCGAGAUAUAGCUUUUAUUCGAGUUCGAUCAGUCCGAAUCUAUCUACCUCGAUUUCCGUGUCUUCAUGAAAAUUGUGUAUAUGCUCACCUCUUGCGAUCUUGUUUAUAAGUUGUACAGAUCCGUUGCUAAUGCAAUGUGGUAAAAAUCACACGGGUCUCACGUGUACGCCUAUAUUGGCCUCUUUUUUUUUCUCUGUUUUCUAUCUAUUAAUUGCCUCGUAACCCCGAAGAGGAUCGAUCGAUUUUCUAAUUAUGUUCGGGAGGUACAACCCGAUUUUACUUUCCUCUUCGGUGUUAUUAGCACUAUAUUAAGCUUUGUUGUUGACAAAAAUAUAUAAAAUAAAAAAAAAUAUAUCGAAACAGACGAAGUCUCCAUGAUUGCUUACUGAUCCCGCCGACGAUGAGCUUCGUAGCAUAAUAUCUCGACGAGAUCUUAGCGCGCGGAACUUUUCGUUGCUGCUUGGUCAACGUUAUCGCCUUCAAAAUUUUUAUGUAAGAAAAAUUUACUAUUCGAAAUAUAUAAAUUGACCCAUCUAGAUAUUUUUGAAACGUACGAUUGCGAUUGGCUUUUCUUAAGGCAAAGUAUUGCUUUUUUUUAUAUCAGUAACGUUAAAACAAUGGCGAGUAUUUGUUUACUUGAAUGCUCAGAGUUCGAAGGGGUUGGUGAUUUUGGUCCCAUAUAUCUAUGAUAUAUUAAACCUGUAUGUUCCAUGAACGACUAGCUUGUAAGAUGUUAUCUAGAGUUCUUAAGCAGAAGCUCACGUGGAUUGCAUUUUAUUACGUUGUAAACUCAAAAAUAAUCUGCACGUGUUAUAUUUACUCAUUCAAAUUUAUAUAAAUCGUACGUAUAAGUUUUUUCACUUGAGUUUAUUAUAGAGCGUAAGUAAUAAUACUAUUUGAUAUUAUUAAACGUUAAUUGCAAAUAUUUUUUCACAUAAUCAUUGAUCAAUUGAUGAUUAUCAUUAGCUUUAACCUCCAGUUGAUUAUUAUGUAUUUGAAAAUACUCUUCUUGAUAUAAUGUGUUCGUAAUGAUUAGAUGCAAAAUUGUCAUGAUUUAAUUGACAAUUAUGCAUGUAUUCUGUAACUUAUAACUCGCUCGCCUCGUAUUAAAAAAGCACUGAUUGAUUUUACUCGCCUCAACAAUGAUCAUCAAAAAUACUCUAAAAAUUAUAUUUUUCCUUUUCCUACUAAGUUCGAGUAGAAAAUGGUGGUAAAGUUACUAUUAUUGCGAGAUAAAAUUUUAAAACCUUUUGAUAAAAAGUUGUUCCUUUUUAAUUUUCAAGGCGACCGACCGAAAAAUUAAUCUUAAAUAUAUAAGUAGAUUUAAAUGAAAUAAUAGAAUAUUGUUUAAGAACGUUAUAUUCAUUACGUUCAAAGGUAAUUCUUAUCACAUCACCGUACUCGAUUAUGUGCGUGUGUGUUUGUGUGUGUCUGUGUGUGUCUGUGUGCGUACGUGUGGGUUUGCGCGUGCAUAUGUGUUUCUACUCAUAAUCAUAUAGUUUUCUUUUAUUUAUUUAAUUAACAGAUUUGAAGAAUCUCUUUUUCCAAUGGUUACAUUUAUUCACUCGAGAACACUACAUAUAUAGGUUAGGAUUUUAUUUAUGAUUUAAAAUCUACAUGGUAAUUUUUAAAGAAGAACAUGAAAUUUUAUGAAUGUUAUAUGUGUAUGGAAUCUUUUGAAAUCUAAUAUAAUACAACUUUUCCAUACUAAAAACGUUUGUAUCAAUGAAAUAAAGAUUAUUUAAUUAUUUCGAAAUGAAUAAUUAAAAUAGCAAUAUUUAUAUUCAUAAUUUUACAGGGUGUUUGUACAUUAAAUUAAAAUCCGUAAGACAAUAAAAUGUACUCUCAUAAGAAAAUUGAUGGCAGAAUAUUUACGAUGGUCCUGUGCGAUUGACUUGUGAAGGCUGUUAAAAAAUAUGUAAAUUAAUUACAAACUUUUCUACGUUAUUGUACAAAUAUUAUAAUACUCACAGUAAAAUACGAUCGAAUUAUUUUUAUUGUGUGUUAAUGUCAAUAAAAAAAUUUUAAUCUAAAACCGAAAUAUACUCUUUAAAAUAUAUUAUACAAUUAUAACGUAAGUGACAAAGUACAGAUUUUGUAAACAAGUAAGCGAUAUCCAUGUAUUUUUACUAAUGUACAUUAAAUGAAAGAAUAACAUUGUAUAGAGAUGUUUCAUAUUAAAAAAUGUGCGUUUUUAAGCGUCGAUACUAUAUACAAAUAUAUAUUUUUAAGAUACACUG